GACAAGGAGCGAUUCAAGCUAUUUUGGAUGGUAUCUCGCUUGCAAAUGCCCUCUAUGAUAUGAAGACGAAAUCAAUGGACAAUAUCACUCGAGCGUUCAAACGAUACAGUUCUGAACGUUUCCCAAUUGCCAAGGGAGCUGUCGUUGGAUCCCGAUCUUUUGGUCGGUUCCUCAACGUCCAAGGAAGACUGUCCGACUUUAUCCACAAGAUUUCCUUUAGCCGAGUCCCACCUUGGCUUCUGAGAAUGGCCACAGAUAAGUUACAUCUGAAUCGACCUCAGCUAACAUACUUGCCCAUGGUCCCUGAUCGUGGUGCUGCCAAAGCUCAUAAACAAGAUUAUUCGCCUAAAUAUCUGGCUCGAAUGGCCAAUGAGAGGCAAAGAGCUUCUUCCUCUGAGGCCUCUCUUGUUGCUACUGCCGCUACUGCUAAUGGGAUUUCAAAUAGCAAUGCUACUUCUUUUGAAAAGCAUCAUGAGCCACACGGUCAGUUUAAGCAGCAGCAGCAGCAGCAGCAACAACAGCCACAGCGAUUUGCGCCAGGUGAAGAAGGACAAGAGGAAGGAGAGCAUUAUAGGGUUGGAGCAAGAAGACAGCGUCCACGCUCGAAAUCCCACCACCACCCAAGAUCUCCAACAUCAUCCAUUUUCUCAUCUAAAGAGAUCCUUCCCCCAAUAGGAGCGCCUCUAUCUCCAUCUUCAUCGCGCAAAAUGUCACCAAGGUCACUGGUUCCGCCACCUUUGCCAUUGGAAGCGCCUCCUCGUCACCAUCCAACUGUCUAUCUUCAUCAUCAUGCCCCGUCUUCAUCGCGCUCUUCCUCCUCACAGACAUCUCCAUACUCAUCAUCAUACUCAUUAGCGGCGACUACGAGUCCGGGAGUGGAGGAAGGUUACUUUUCUCAUCAUUCAUCUCGAUCAAGGCGGAACACGGUGGGUCAGAAUGGUCGUUCACAGCCUUCUUCUCCUAGAGCAGGAGUUCCUCCGUUGGCACCGUUUGCAUCGUUGCCGAUCCCCUUUGAGACCCUGUCGCGAUCCCCUGAUGUGUACGCUCAUGGGGCAACAACAACAACAACAACAAUGACUUGUACGCCUCCACGAUCCCCUACAAAUGCGACCAACUAUUCUGAACGCGUCACAGCUCUUCUGAAUAGGCCAUCUACAACACCGAUCGCGCCUCUGACGGGACCGAUGGCACCGACGAUGACAUCAGCAUCGACGCCAUCCACACCGAUAGCAGCCUCAUUCAAGAGGAGACAUAUGCGGACCAAGAGUCUUCACUUGGAGGAUAAUGAAUCGUUGAUGGCUGAGAUUUUAGCACUUGAGAGGACAACGGCGAUGAUGAAGGAGCGUGCGUUGUUGCGUGAGAAGAGGUCGCUUGAUCAGAUCAAUACUCAGUGGCGACAGCAACAGCAAUAUUAUCAACGUCUUCGUCAUCAACACAGUCACCCAUUGCAACAGCAGCAGCAACAGCAACAGGAUCAGCAACAACAUCAGACACAACUCCGUCAGCCUCAGCCACUUUCAUAUCAUAAGCUUCAGCAGCAGCGAGCAGAAUUGGAGCAAUCAUCACAGCUUUAAAAAGAAAAAAGAAAAAAGAAAAAAAAGAUAACAAUCUAUUGUAUACCCCGCUCUCACAAUUUCAAGGGCACCCACCACACAACAUCCCUUUAUUUUUAUUAGUUUAAAAAAAAGGGCAUUUUUCUGUCUAUAGUUAUAUAUAUUUAAUUUUAUUCAUCUGUAUAUCCUUCAAAUCAUCAUCAUUUUAUCAUUAUCAUAUUUUUCCUAACUCAUCUUCACUAUCAUCCAUUAUCAUUAUAAAUAUCAUUAUUCAUUUUUCAUCUUCAUUUUCAUCUUCAUAUAUAAUAUAUUCAUUAUCAUUAUCAUUAUCAUAAACAAUAAAAAGAAAUCUUUUUUAGCGCGUGUAACGAACUAAAAAACACGUAA